AUGCACGGCUUCGGCUUCGUGCCGGCUGGCAGGCUGGGCUUCCUCUGCGCAAGGAAGGCCACAGCUCCUGAUAUCUGUCCUUCCUCCCUGCCCUGUCCCUCGUCCGCACCUCGGAGCAGGCGCCCCGGGAUGCCGCCCGGCAGCCGGAUGCCCAUGGCGGGGCUGCAGGUGGGAGGCCUGCCGCAGUCAAUGAUGGACCCCUUCAGGAAGCGCCUGCUGACCCCCCAGGCACAGCCGCCGCUGGCCACCCAGAGGAGAGGGGUGAAAAGGAGGAAGAUGGCUGACAAGGUCCUGCCACAGAGGAUCCGGGAACUGGUCCCAGAAUCCCAGGCCUACAUGGACCUCCUCGCCUUUGAGCGCAAGCUGGACCAAACCAUCGCUCGGAAGAGAAUGGAGAUUCAGGAGGCCAUUAAGAAACCGCUGACGCAAAAGCGGAAACUGAGGAUUUACAUCUCCAACACUUUCACCCCAGCCAAAGAAGAAGGGGAGGGUGGUGAGCGUGUGGCCUCCUGGGAGCUACGCGUGGAGGGCAAACUGCUGGAGGACCCGAGCAAGCAGAAGAGGAAGUUCUCCUCCUUUUUCAAGAGCCUUGUCAUCGAGCUGGACAAAGAGCUGUACGGGCCAGACAACCAUCUGGUGGAGUGGCACCGGCUGCCCACGACCCAGGAGACUGAUGGCUUCCAAGUGAAGCGCCCCGGCGACGUCAAUGUGAAAUGCACGCUGCUGCUCAUGCUGGAUCACCAGCCACCACAGUACAAACUGGACCCUCGCCUGGCUCGCCUGCUCGGGGUGCACACCCAGACCCGUGCCAGCAUCAUGCAGGCGCUCUGGCUCUACAUCAAGCACAACAAGCUGCAGGACAGUCACGAGAAGGAGUACAUCAACUGCAACCGCUACUUCCGCCAGAUCUUUAACUGUGUCCGCAUGCGCUUCUCUGAGAUCCCCAUGAAGUUGGCAGGGCUCCUGCAGCACCCAGAUCCCAUCAUCAUCAACCACACCAUCAGUGUGGACCCCAAUGACCAGAAGAAGACGGCCUGCUAUGACAUCGAUGUGGAGGUGGAUGAUCCCCUGAAAGCUCAGAUGAGCAACUUCCUGGCUUCCACCACCAACCAGCAGGAGAUUGCCUCCCUGGAUGCCAAGAUUCACGAGACCAUCGAAUCCAUCAACCAGCUGAAGACGCAACGCGAUUUCAUGCUGAGCUUCAGCAACAACCCGCAGGAUUUCAUCCAGGAAUGGAUCAAAUCACAGAGGAGGGACCUCAAGAUCAUAACGGAUGUGAUUGGGAACCCUGAGGAGGAGCGGCGAGCAGAGUUCUACCAGCAGCCCUGGGCGCAGGAGGCUGUGGGCAGACACAUCUUCGCCAAGGUCCAGCAGCGUCGGCAGGAACUGGAACAAGUGCUCGGGAUCCGCCUCACUUAA